AUGCAGAAGCUCAUCGUCGCCCUCGCCUGCUCCUCGGCCUCGGCCUUCGUGGCGCCGCACGCGUCCGUCAAGGCCGUGCUCAAGUCGGACCCCGUCGACGAGAUCCCCGAGGUCGCGGAGAGCCGCUACGAGUUCGACAGCAAUUUCGCUCUCGGCCUGCCCGGCAGCCUGCCGCCCAUGGGCCAGUGGGACCCCGCGGGCUUCACCGUCGACGCCAGCGACAACGACAUCCGCCGCUACCGCGAGGCCGAGACGCAGCACGGCCGCGUCGCCAUGCUCGCGGUGCUCGGCUUCCUCGUCGCCGAGUCGUUCCACCCGCUCUUCGCGGACGUCAAGGGCCCGGCCAUCGACCACCUCACCCAGGUCCGCAAGGAGUACCCCGCCUUCUUCGAGAUCGGCGCCCUCGCCAUCGGCGGCCUCGAGGUGAACCGCGCGCUCCAGGGCUGGGCGUUCCCCGAGAACCGCGCGGCCGUCGGCCAGCUCAACGAAGACUACUACCCCGGCGACGUCGGCUUCGACCCCCUGGGCCUCAAGCCCACGGACCCCGCCGAGUUCAACGAGAUGGCGACGAAGGAGCUCCAGAACGGCCGCCUCGCGAUGCUCGCGGCGGCCGGCUUCAUCGCGCAGGAGCUCGUCAACCACAAGCCCAUCCUCGAGACCCUCCGCCUCCUCCUCCUCCUCAACGAGUCCGAGAUGGACAAGGAGUUCGGCCUCAACCUCCCCUCCGGCGACAUCGCCACCAUCGAGCGCGAGCUCGAGACCGGCGCGGCGGACACGUUCUUCAAGUGA